AUGCUCCAGGAAAGACUCCGUGUCCUUGUUGUUGGGAGUGGCGGUCGCGAGCAUGCGUAUGCAUGGAAACUGAGCCACUCUCCCCUGGUAGAGAAGGUCUACUGUGCACCUGGAAACGGCGGCACGGAUGGGGGUGACCACUCUAAAAUAUCAAACAUCUCAGUCAAGGGAGAUGAUUAUCCUGGUCUGGUAGCCUUCUCCAAGGAAAAUGGAGUCAACCUUGUUGUCCCAGGGCCCGAGGCUCCUCUCGUCGAUGGUAUUCAAGGAUACUUCCAGGCAGUCGGCAUCAGAUGUUUUGGACCUACUAAAGCUGCCGCCCGCAUGGAGGGCUCUAAAGCUUUUUCCAAAGAUUUCAUGAAGCGCCACAGCAUUCCAACAGCUCGGUAUGGAAAUUUCACUGAUUAUAAGAGCGCCUGCCAGUAUCUUGACUCUGCAGACCACGGAGUUGUUAUCAAAGCGAGCGGGCUCGCUGCUGGUAAAGGGGUGAUCAUCCCUCAGAGUAGAGAAGAAGCACACAAGGCCCUAAAGGAAAUCAUGGUGGACCACCAGUUCGGGGAGGCGGGUGACGAGGUCGUGAUCGAGGAAUUCCUCGAGGGCGAUGAAUUAAGCAUCCUGACCUUCUCGGAUGGUUACACCAUCAGGUCUCUUCCUCCUGCACAAGACCACAAGAGGAUCUUCGAAGGUGAUCAGGGCCCAAACACCGGGGGGAUGGGCUGCUAUGCGCCAACCCGAAUCGCUUCCAAGUCUGUGAUCGACGCUAUUGAUAGAACCAUUGUUCAGCCCACCAUCGAUGGAAUGAGGAAAGAAGGUACCCCGUUUGUUGGAAUACUAUUCACGGGGCUAAUGAUGACCAAAAACGGACCCAAAGUACUUGAAUACAACGUUAGGGGUGGAGAUCCAGAGACCCAAACAUUACUACCGCUUCUCAGCGACGAUACUGAUCUAGCCGAAAUCAUGGUUGCUUGCACAGAGCAUUGGCUUGACGGAGUAACUCUCAAGGUCGAGCCAAAAUCUGCUGCCACUGUGAUUGUAGUAGCCGAAGGUUAUCCAGGAUCUUACGCCAAAGGUAGAGAAAUUACACUUGAGAAGACUCCCGAUGACAUCUUGAUCUUCCACGCAGGGACCGCGCUUGCCGAUGGUAAGCUCAAGACGUCUGGUGGUCGUGUGAUCGCUUCCACUGCCACAGCAAGCACUCUAGAAGAAGCCGUGAAGGCCUCAUAUUCUGGCAUUUCCACAAUUCACUUUGAUGGUAUGCACUACCGAAAGGAUAUUGCUCACCGCGCGUUCAAUGCCUCGAAGCCAUCUACGACUCAGGAAUCUCUCACAUAUGCAUCGGCAGGUGUCUCUAUAGACGCUGGCAACGAACUUGUGAACCAAAUCAAAGCCAACGUUGCACGAACCCGCCGCCCCGGAUCCGAUGCAAUCAUCGGUGGAUUUGGAGGUGCUUUCUCGCUGUCAACAUGCGAGUCUGGCUUUCACUCUUCCUCUCCAACUCUGAUUGGAGCUAUCGAUGGAGUCGGUACCAAGCUCAAGAUCGCGCAUGAAAUGGGAAUUCAUAACACCGUGGGCAUCGAUCUUGUUGCUAUGAACGUCAACGAUCUGGUCGUUCAAGGUGCAGAACCCCUGAUGUUCCUUGAUUGCUAUAGCUGUGGUAAACUCGACGUUGAAGUCGCGGCUGCUUUUGUUGCCGGUGUGGCCGACGGUUGCGUGGAAUCAGCCUGUGCUUUGGUUGGUGGAGAAACGGCCGAAAUGCCUGGACUCUUCAUUGACAACAGCUAUGACGCCGCCGGAGCGGCCAUUGGAGCUAUUGACACGUCCACAAGAUGUAUACUCCCGGAUACAGAUGGAAUGAAAGCCGGCGAUGUGUUGCUUGGUAUUGCUAGUAGCGGACCACAUUCAAACGGCUUCUCGCUCAUUAGAAAGAUCGUCGAACGAUCUGGACUGUCAUACCAUGACCCAGCACCGUUCAAGAUGAACAAAUCGAAUCCUAACCUGGGCACAGCUCUCCUCACCCCAACCCGCAUUUACGUCAAAUCCCUGCUUGCCGCCCUCGCCAAGUUCCCACAGGGCGCGAUCAAGGGCAUGGCACACAUUACGGGCGGUGGUCUGGUUGAGAACGUACCUCGAGUUCUCCCCAAGCACCUCCGUGCCGAUGUCGAUGCCUCUUCUUGGCCGCUUCCUGAUGUAUUUAAAUGGUUGAAAAGGACUGGAAAUGUGACCGGCGCGGAGAUGGCGAGGGCAUUCAACAAUGGAAUCGGAAUGCUCGUGGUUGUUGACGAGGCUGAAUCUGCGAGCAUCAAGAAAUAUCUUGAAGAGCUGAACGAGACCGUCUUCGUCGUUGGAAGUUUGGCUGCAAAGGCAGAUGAGAAAGAGGAGGGAUGUGUGAUCAAAAAUUUGCAGACCUGGGAUGAGUAA